UUAUGAUGACUACUCGAGGAUCACCAAGGUUGAACCUCCUGAAAGAAGUUGUCGAAAGGCAUAGAGCGUCACCCCCUACAGGGAGUGUGGAAAAGAGGAGGAGAGGGUCUCCAAAAGAAGAUAGAGCACAAUGGAAUGCAAGCCUUGAGAAAGAUCUCGUGGACUUGCUUCGUCAGCAUGCUACACCUGAACACAAGGGUCAAAAUGGAUGGAGCUCUGAAGCAUGGAAUAAGAUAGUGAAGAAAUUCCACCAGAAGAAUCCAUAUGCUAGGUACAAGAAGAAGAAGAUCCAACAAAAGGAGAAAGAGUUGAAAAGAGAAUAUAAGAUGAUUAAAGAGAUAAGGAAGCAAAGCGGUGUUUCAUGGGAUGACCGGCAGUGCAAGAUUCUAGCAGAUCCACCACUUUGGAAAAACAUUAUCAUAUCACACCCUAAAGCUGGAAAGUUCAAGACAAAAGGUUUCCCUCUUUUUGACGCUUUGGGAGAAUUGCAUGAUGGACAAACCGUUGAAGGGACAUACAACUUCACAUCUAUCAAGUCAUCACAGUACUCAACCCAAGCACAACUCGAGAAUCUGGGAUGAGCUAGUGAGUAUCUUCGCGAGAAUCAUGGAGAAACAUCAUACCAUGGUGAUAAUAUUGGAGGAGAAACAUCAGCCAAUGGUGAGAAUAUUGGAGGAGAAAGGGUGCAGAUUCAUGAAGAUUUUGAGGAGGUGUUCGUGCAAGAAAAUAUUGUUGUGGAGCCCCAUCAAACGCAACCAAGUUUGGCUACUGCACCCUCAAGAAAUGGACAAGAAAAAGAACCAAAGAGGCGGAGGGGGGCGAAUAGCGAUGUGGCUGCAAUGAUGGAGAAGUACUUGGAAAUAAGGGCGAAGCAGGUGGAAGAUGAGAGGAACAAGCCAAGGGUUGUGGACGAGUACUCUAUCAAAAAUUGCAUCGAUCUGCUGAAAACAAUGGAUAUCACACUCGAGGAAGAAGUCAAGGCUUUCCGAGUGUUCAAGAUCCCCGAGAACCGAGAGAUUUUCAUGAGUGCUAGACCGGAGACUGCUCUUAUGUGGCUGAGAGCAGAAAUGGAAUAACUCACGUACUCACAUGAAGCUCCCUUGUUUUUUUUUAUCAAUUGUUGUUUGGCCUGCUCAUUGC